GCCUCACGCAUGCUCGUUGCGGGCCCCGACAUGGCGGCGCCCAGCGCGGCGCUGAGGCAGCGGCGUCCGGCGGGCGGUAGCGGCGCCCCGGAGACUCCGGGUCGGGCGGAGGGCUCGGAGCCGUUGGGCAGCACGGUCGGGCCGCUGCUGUCACCGGGUACAUUCUGGCUCACCCGCAUCGUGCUGCUGCGCGCCGUAGCGCUGCUGUACCAGGGGGUUUCCAGAAGCAUCCAGGGCCUGGGAAGUCCCUGGCAAGGAGUCUGCUUGGGAGGCAGGUUAGAGGUGGGAAGGUGGAAAGGAUCUGAUUUGUGGAGGCUGUUGUGGCUUUCCUGGUGGCGUACCAUCAGAACAAGCAGCUGAUAGGAGAAAAGGGGCUGCUCCCAUGUAAACUAUACCUGCAGAAUGUCAAAAAGUAUUUCAAAGGGAAGAUAAACCUGGAUGCCCUCAGCUAUGCACCAACAAUCAUCUGGUUUCUGGACUGGUCAGAUAUGGACAGCAUCUUGGACUACAUCUCCAUGCUUGGUCUGGUGAUUUCAGCCUUUGUAUUGAUAACUGGAUGUGCAAACAUGGUCCUCAUGGCUGUCCUGUGGAUCCUCUACCUCUCAUUGGUCAAUGUUGGACAGAUCUGGUAUUCCUUUGGAUGGGAGUCGCAGCUCCUGGAGACCGGCUUCCUGGGGAUAUUUCUCUGCCCACUCUGGACCCUGUCCCGGUUGCCCCGUUCCACACCUCCAUCCAGCAUCGUCAUCUGGGGCUUCCGCUGGCUGAUCUUCAGGAUCAUGCUGGGAGCGGGGUUGAUUAAAAUUCGAGGGGAUCGCUGCUGGAGAGACUUGACUUGCAUGAAUUAUCACUACGAGACCCAGCCGGUGCCCAACCCCAUCGCCUACUUCAUGCACCGCUCACCAGGCUGGUUUCAUCAGUUCGAGACGCUCUUCAACCACUUCAUCGAGCUGGUGGUGCCCUUUUUCAUCUUCAUGGGACGAAGGAUGUGCAUGGUGCAUGGCGUUCUGCAGAUCCUUUUCCAGGUGCUGCUGAUUAUCAGUGGGAACCUCAGCUUCCUCAACUGGCUGACCAUCGUGCCCAGCAUCGCCUGCUUUGAUGACCGCAGCCUGGCCUUCCUGUUCAGCACUGGGCACGGAGGGGUGAAGGAGCAUGUGCUGCAGCUGCAGGGCAGCAGUGAGCAGCAACCCCCAGGGCUGGGGUGCCGCAUCCGCAGGGUGGUGAACAUCUCCUUUGGGCUCCUGAUCGCCUACCUCAGUGUGCCUGUCGUCAUCAACCUGCUCAGCUCCAGACAGGUCAUGAAUACAUCCUUCAACCCCCUCAGGAUAGUCAACACCUAUGGAGCUUUUGGAAGCAUCACCAAGGAGAGAACUGAAGUCAUCCUUCAGGGAACAUCCAGCCCAGACCCCAAUGACCCCGCUGCUGUCUGGCAGGAGUUUGACUUCAAGUGCAAGCCUGGGGACCUGUGGCGACGGCCGUGCUUCAUCUCACCCUACCACUAUCGCCUGGACUGGCUGAUGUGGUUCGCGGCCUUCCAGACCUAUGAGCAGAAUGAGUGGAUCAUCCACCUGGCAGGGAAGCUGCUGGCCCAGGAAGAAGAGGCCUUGUCCCUGAUGGCAACAAACCCAUUUGCAGGCAAAGAUCCCCCACGGUGGAUCCGAGGGGAACAUUUCAAGUACAAAUUCAGCCAGCCUGGAGGAGCACAUGCUGCAGAGGGCAAGUGGUGGAUUCGGAAGAAGAUUGGCCCCUACUUUCCCCCUGUCAACCUCCAGAGCCUGAGGAAGUUUUAUGAAGACAGGAAUUGGCCGUACCCAGUGCGGGACUGAUGGAGGGGAGUAAGACUGGUCCAGAGUGACUGGCCGGGAGAGCCGUCAGCUCCCUUAUAAAUCACACUUCUUCCCUAUCUCUGUAUUUUUUUUACAUAUCCUUGUUUACAUGUAUUUUACAGGAGGUUUCCAGACAACCUGUCCACCUGCUGCUGUGGUCUGGUUUUUCUCAUCUUUCUCUUCCUUUCUGUUUGUCUUUCUCCUUGUGGCCUAGCCUGAUGAUUGAUUUCUUUUGUCAGGCUGCUCCAUUAGAAAAUCAUCAGCUCUAGAGUCAGGAAAAAGGUGAACAAAUACUAAGUCAAGUUAAUAUGUCCAAUUUGGCACAUUUCAGAUUUGCAACAAGCAUUUGUGAAGUGGAUUUUAAUACUUCUGCUGAUGCUGGAAUUUCACUUUAUUGCCAGACAGACCCCAAAUGGACAAAAAUUAUCAAAUGUAUUUUAGGGGGAAAGGUUAGGUAAAAGUAAAGCCUCCUUCUCUUUUUUGA